AUGUCAUCCAAAGGCAAAAAACGUAAACUCAAAACUGACGAGUCAUCACCUAUUGCAAAAAAAUCUUCACAUACUGAUGAUCAUGCUAUUGUUGAAGCUGCUACUAUAACCGCUGCACCAACUGCUAAACAACUUGAUCCAAAAGAACGACAACGAAAAUUUAUUACUUAUAAAAGUUUUCUUAAUCGAGGUGGACCAGAUGCACCUGGUUCUAAAGAUAUUCCUCAAGGUGCCGAAGAUUGUCUCAAAUCAUUAACUUUUGUUAUUACUGGUGUUUUACCAUCAUUAGAACGAGAUGAAUGUAAAAAAAUUAUUGAAAGUUAUGGUGGUCGAGUUACAACUGCAGUUAGUGGUAAAACUGAUUAUCUUGUAGUUGGACGUGAUGAAGGAAAAACUAAGACUGAAAAAGCUAAAAAACUUCAUAUUAAAAUUAUCUCAGAAGAUGAUUUACUUGAAAUGAUUCGAACACGACCAGGAACUAUGAAUGUAGAUAUUAAAUCAACUUCAAUUAAAUCACCAAAAUCUACUGUUUUGAAACCUAUCGAUAGUAGUUCCUUUGUACCAAUUUCAUCAACAAAAUUAAAAUUUUAUAAACAAGAUGAUGGUACUUUAUGGGUUGAUAAAUACAAACCAACAUCAUUAAGUCAAAUUGUUGGACAACAAACUGAUAAAUCACCAAUGAAAAAACUCAUCUAUUUUCUUACAAAUUGGCAUACAUGGCAUGCAACACCAUCAACUAGUCAAAGAAAGAAAACAGCAACAACAUCUACAAGUAUUACAUCAAGUGAUCCAUCUAAAUUCAAAGCUGUUUUACUUACGGGUCCACCAGGAGUAGGUAAAACAAGUACAGCUCAACUUGUCUGUAAAGCAUUAAAUUUACCGUAUAUUGAACAAAAUGCAUCAGAUAAUCGAUCACAAACAAAGAUGGGAAAAAUUGAACUCAAUUCAGCUUAUCUUACUGAUGAUAAUCAAACAAUAAAUAAACAUGUAUUGAUUAUGGAUGAAGUUGAUGGUGUAACUGGAAAUGAAGAUCGAGGUGGUAUACAAACAUUAAUUAAACUUCUUCGAACAAUACAUAUACCAAUAAUAUUUAUUGCUAAUGAUCGGCAAACAAUUAAAAUGCGUACAUUAGCAUCAUAUUGUUAUGAAAUAAAAUUUGAUCGACCAUCAUUUUUAAAUGUCAAAUCAUUUAUACUUGAUAUAUGUUCACGUGAACAUAUUCAUAUUACACAUUCAUUACUUGAUAAUUUGAUUAAUUCUUGUAAUCGAGAUAUUAGAAAAAUAAUUCAUACACUUAAUUUAUAUUAUAAACAAUCAUCAUCAAUAGUAUCAAAUAUAACUAAUUUUGAAAAAGCUUUAUCAACAAGUCCAUUUGAUGCUUGUAUGAAAAUGUUUUCUUUAUCGAAUAUAAAUUUAAUAGAUAAAACAAAUCUUUAUUUUCAUGAUUAUUCAUUGGUACCAUUGUUAGUACAAGAUAAUUAUAUUCGUGUUGUUCCAUCAAUAACUAUUGAACGAAAACCAGUUGGUACACGACAACGUCUUGAAUUAAUUUCCAAGGCAGCUGAUAGUUUAGCUCUUGGUGAUAUUUGUUCAAAAUUUAAUUUUAUUAAUGGAAGUCGAUCAUUGAUGGGCUAUCAAGUAAGUAUAUCGAUAGAGAUUUAA